UGCGCACGGCGGGCCCGCUGCCGGUUGGUGCCGGCGCUCCGCAGUGGGGGAGCGGCGGGCGCGGAGCCGCGGCCGGUCCCAGCGCCAGCGGAGCACCGGGCGCAGCCAUGUCUGUGGUCGGCAUCGACCUCGGCUUCCUCAACUGCUACAUCGGCGUGGCGCGGAGCGGCGGCAUCGAGACCAUCGCCAACGAGUACAGCGACCGCUGCACGCCAGCAUGUAUAUCUUUAGGAUCCAAGACCCGAGCCAUUGGGAAUGCAGCAAAGAGCCAGAUUGUCACAAACGUAAAAAAUGCAGUACAUGGCUUCAAGAAACUGCAUGGAAGAGCAUUUGAAGAUCCUUACAUACAAGCUGAGAGGGCCAAACUUCCCUAUGAACUUCAGAAGAUGCCAAAUGGUUCAGUAGGAGUAAAGGUGAGGUACCUGGAUGAAGAGAGGCUGUUUGCAGUGGAACAGAUCACAGGAAUGCUGCUGGCCAAACUGAAGGAGACUUCGGAAAGUGCUUUGAAGAAACCAGUGGCUGACUGUGUGAUUUCAGUCCCUAGUUUCUUCACUGAUGCUGAAAGAAGGUCUGUAAUGGCAGCUGCACAGAUUGCAGGAUUAAAUUGUCUGAAGCUGAUGAAUGAAACUACAGCAGUUGCAUUAGCCUAUGGAAUAUACAAGCAAGAUCUGCCAGCCUUGGAAGAGAAGCCAAGAAAUGUGGUCUUUGUAGAUAUGGGGCAUUCUGCAUAUCAAGUUUCCAUCUGUGCUUUUAACAAGGGAAAACUGAAGGUCUUGGCCACUACCUUUGACCCUUUCAUAGGUGGUAGGAAUUUUGAUGAGGCUUUGGUAGAUUACUUCUCCGAAGAAUUUAGGACAAAAUACAAACUGAAUGUAAAAGAGAAUCCCCGAGCACUGCUGCGAUUGUAUCAGGAAUGUGAAAAGCUCAAGAAGCUGAUGAGUGCGAACGCAUCUGACCUUCCACUCAAUAUCGAGUGCUUCAUGAAUGACCUGGAUGUCUCCAGUAAGAUGAACAGAGCUCAGUUUGAGCAGUUGUGUGCUGCCCUUCUGGCCAGAGUGGAGCCUCCUCUAAGAGCAGCCAUGGAUCAAGCCAAACUUCAGCGUGAAGAUAUCUACAGUAUAGAAAUAGUAGGUGGGGCUACUAGAAUUCCAGCAGUGAAAGAACAGAUCUCUAACUUUUUCUGUAAAGAGAUAAGCACCACACUAAAUGCUGAUGAAGCUGUUGCAAGAGGCUGUGCCUUGCAGUGUGCAAUUCUUUCUCCAGCUUUUAAAGUGCGUGAGUUUUCCAUCACAGAUGUUGUUCCUUACUCUAUAACACUGAGAUGGAAAUCAUCUUACGAAGAAGGAACAGGGGAGUGUGAAGUCUUCAGUAAGAACCAUGCUGCUCCAUUCUCAAAAGUAAUUACUUUCCACAAGAAAGAGCCUUUUGACUUGGAAGCUUAUUAUACCCAUCCACAUGAAGUGCCUUAUCCUGAUUCCAGAAUAGGGCGUUUCACUAUUCAGAACGUUGGUCCCCAGCAUGACGGCGACAACUCCAAGGUGAAGGUUAAAGUGCGCGUCAACAUCCACGGGCUGUUCAGCGUGGCCAACGCGUCCAUCAUAGAGAAGCAGAGCAUCGAGGGGGAGCACAACGACACCCCCAUGGACACCGAGUCAGCAAGUAAGAACCAAGGCAGAGAUGAGGAGCUGGAUAAAAUGCAGGUUGAUCAAGAAGAAGGUGUGCAGAAAAGUCAAGCUGAACAACAGAACCAAGCAGAUGAGGAAAGUGAAAAUGCUGGAACUGAAACAAAGGCUUCUUCUGGAGAAAAGCAAGAUCAUCCCUCCCAGCCAAAGGCUAAAACAAAAGUUAAGAGUAUUGACCUCCCUAUACAGGCGAGCCUCUAUAGGCAGCUGGGACAAGAUCUGAUCAAUUCCUACAUAGAAAAUGAGGGGAAGAUGAUGAUGCAAGACAAGCUUGAGAAAGAACGAAAUGAUGCUAAGAAUGCUGUUGAAGAAUAUGUGUAUGAAUUCAGAGACAAACUGUGUGGAGUCUUUGAGAAAUUUAUCACUGAAGAGGAUUCAAACAAGCUGACCUUGAUGUUGGAGGACACAGAAAACUGGCUUUAUGAAGAUGGAGAGGACCAGCCAAAACAAGUAUACAUGGAUAAGCUUCAAGAAUUAAAGAAAUUUGGACAGCCUAUCCAGGAAAGAUGCAUGGAACAUGAAGAGAGACCAAAAGUUCUAAAUGAACUGGGAAAGAAAAUUCAGCUCCUUAUGAAAGCAGUAGAAGCAUACAAAAAUAAGGAUGAAAAAUACGACCAUCUAGAUCCUGCUGAGAUGGAGAAAGUUGAAAAAUACAUUAAUGAGGCUAUGAAUUGGUUGAACAGCAAAAUGAAUGCCCAGAAUAAACUCAGUCUAACUCAGGAUCCAGUUGUCAAAGUGGCAGAAAUACUAGCAAAAUCUAAGGAAUUGGAUAGCUUCUGUAAUCCCAUUCUAUCCAAGCCCAAGCCGAAGAUAGAACCUCCCAGUGACGGGCAGCCCAAAGCUAAUGGGGAGCACAACGGGCCAGUGAACGGACAGAGCGCUGCUGAAACAAAACCCGAACCAGCAAAGGACAACCCGCAGCAGACCAAACCCCCCGGAGAAAUGGAAGUGGACUAAGACCUUGCAUUUCUUUUACUUCAUUAAAAUAGUGCAAGUAACCACAGGGUCCAUUCUUUUUGUCUGGUACACACCUCAGAUGUUCAGUUACUCUUAGCCAAACUUCUGUCAUUUGUUGCUGAGUAGUUUUGAAAGUGUUUUAUAUUAAGUACACCUCUGAUGUUCAUUUCCACUGAUGCUGCUUAUGUGGAGCUUUAGCCAAAUGUAGAUUGUAUAAGUCAGUUGAAGCUUUCCCAAUAUAUUUUAUAUCAAACAUACAGAAUUGAUAUAUAAAUGGCAACAAUCUACCUUAUUUAAAGCUUUUAUUGUGGAUAAACCUCAGCUCCUUUAUUCAGGAAAGGAUACUGUAUUGCACUACUGAUGCUCAAGUGUAGAUCUAAUCGCAUCUUUAUUUUGGAAAAAUAUUGGAAUUGAAGUGGCAAAAGCUGUCACUUGAAGCACUGACCUUUUCUAGUUAUUGUAUUGUUAUAAUUUAAAUAUUAAAAUAGAGGUUAGUUGGCAUACCAGUCCAUCUUGUUGAUGUACCAUGAAAAUUGUACGGUCUUUUUCAUAGGAACUGAGUAAUACGAGCUUAAGCGUUUUUUGGGUUCCCAUGCCACUACCAGUCUUCAUUACAAACUGCUCCAGCAUGUGGCUCUGCCGUGUGCUGGAGUUCCUGGUCUCUGCACAUCGCUGUACAUACCCUAUUGCGCUUAGCACGGGGUGAUGCUGGUGAGAACAGGAUGAAAGGGGAGAACAUUCAAGGCCUGCUGCGUAGCUGUCCCUUGAAAAUGUCUUAUUGCACGUGGAACUACUUUCCACUUCUUUUGUUUUGAAUUCAAUUUACAUCUUGAUCGUAUCUUGUCCUGGGGAGGAGAAACAGCACAAACAGUGCUGUGUAAACUGGGUAUCACCACCCUGAUUUUGAGGUUGCUUAAAUGCUGUUUGGUGCAAACUUGAAAGAAAUGCUGAGAGCUUAUUUAAGCCUUGAUGCUCAGCACGUAAUUUUUUUGGUCAAGGACCAAAACAAAAGAGCUUAAAAACUGGAUAUUAUUACCCCAGAGAUGGAAUCUACUUGAUGAAGUUGUAUAGCUUACCACUUGGCUUUGUCAUUUAGCUCUCUAAUGAAAGUGUCUACAAUGUAUUACACAGUAGAGUCACUGUUAUCUUUGAUACCUCUUAAACGUUGUCAAGGUCCAAUGUAUGUUCCAAAUAUAUUCCAAAUGCUUCUGUCGGUCACUGGGGUACUGCAGCACUUACUAAAGCCAGUCACUAUUGACUCCAAACAGCUCUUCUGUUACCAGAGUGGGAAUGGGCUACUCUGACUAUAAAAAGUAAUUUCUUUACCCAGCAUAAAAAACUGAAAUAAGUUGAAGUGUAUUGCUUCAGUGACUUGAACUCUGUCCUAGAAACAAAUCCAGAUGUUAACCAGGCACUCCUACAGCAGUUCUCCUAUAGGAGGUGUUGCUGUUGUAAACAAGAACUACAAUCUUUCUGGCUUUGGCAGCUGUUUUAUCUUCAGCUGUGCCCUUCAUCUUCUACCACUUCAUGCUACAAAACGUGAUUUGUGAGCCCUGGGAUAGGUGAAUUCCACCCUCACAUAUCUUCACAGACAAAGGAAGCAUAAUUUAUGGCUGUACAUAAAUCUGCCUAGACUAGUUCAAGUACUGGAAUUGUAUCGUCACAACUGACAUCAAGUGACUGAGAUGCUUGUACUUGGCUCCCGUUCCUGUUCCUCUUCCAUGCAAUCAGUGUGGAUGGUCUGACACCUCAGUUUACAUGUUUAAUGCCCUUGAACUAAAACUGAAUGACCUUGAGGAGAGCUGUUCUGCAACCUCAGUCUUGAGUUCUGCCACGGUAGUCACACCUCUGGCACUGAGGGGGUGACGGUACUGCAGCAUCAGCUGUCCUUUGUCAGGCUGAGCUGGCUUUGGUCUCAUAGGCUUUAAGACCAUUUAUAUCCUAAUGGCUUUUACCACAGCAGUGUAAUGAGUAGCAUUCUCAAGUACUGGCUUCUUAAAAUCCAGCUACACAAUAAUUUGUCUAGGUAGACUUCUUGGUACCUGUGGCAGAAGAGCACAAACUGCAGGAAUCUCCAAUGUCAGCUCUUCAGUAGCUAAAAGGUCAUGUGCAAGAACAAUGUCCUCUGCUCAUGGCCAUCAGAUGCUUAAUACUACAUCACAGAUGUGUGAGGCAAUGCUUAGGUUAAAGGCUAGAAUAAUUCUGCACGCUCAAAACCAGAUAUGGUUCAGACAAACAGUUGUAGUCAAGUUUUCUUACUAGAAUAGGGUUUUUUUUGCUGUGCAUCUGGUCUGUCUCUAGAUCCCUGCUGAAGAGGAGUGCUGACACAGACUGCCCACAGAAGCUGGCUCUUGAGGUCCAUGUUAGGAAUCCCAUUUGGGAUGGCAGAGUUGAUCCUUCCUCAGUGAGUUGACAUUAAUAUAUGACUUGCUCGUAUGUAAUCUGGUUCCUGUUACAGAGAUUUUACCAGGACAGAUUUAAGUACUUACGUACUAUGCGCAACUUGAGGUUUUGUGUGUCAGACUCAAUGAGCAAGUUCCCUCUGCCUACCCUGACAGCACCAGAGUGAGUCUUUGCUACAUAAAGUUUUGUUAGGGAACCAGCAGUACUCUGCUGCUCUGCAUCUUGUAUAUUACAACAGCAGGAAUUUGUUGGUAAUGUCUUACUUGAAACUUUCUGCUGAGGGCAAGAUAUAUUUCUGAUAUUUGAAAAUGUUCCCUCUGUCCCACAAAAAG